UUAAGCACACUUUAAGGCAAAUAAAUUUAUUUUAGAAAAAAAGAAACUCAGUCAUUUAAAUUUCAAAUGCAUGUUGGGCGUUCACUGCUUAUUUCCUGUUCAAAAGAUAUUAGGAAUCCAGUCAUUCGUCAUUGGACCUGAUACAAUUUGGUGGGCUUUCUUGUUGUGACGCUAGUCAUACGUACAUGGAAAUUGUUUGAUCUCCAGAGUACAAGUGUACGCCUAAGCCGCAUGCAAGUUCGACUGACUUCAAUUUGAUUACAACCCACGCAAGACGACGAUCUCAGUCCCAGUUCAGCACCGGCUGAGGAAAAAGUUUUUAUGCCAUAAUGCAUAGUGUUUCAUUUAAGUUUUAUGGAUCAGACAGGAGUUCAACCCCGGUUUAAAAAAGCUCCAUGUAAUCAGCUUCUAUAAUAUUUUUCACAUAACGGAAAGUCCCAAACAGCGAAGGGAGUUUCCCAAAAUUAUUCAUCGUUAGGAAACAUGUGACUUGGUCACCUUGUCAACAAAUGUAAAAUAAAAAGCUAGUUAAAUUUCCAUUUCUAUAUAAGGUCAGUUGACUCUUAAUAGAUUAUACAUGCCAAACAUUAGGUUGUAUAGCAUAACGGAAAGCGAUUUCGUCUUAACGGUAACAGUUUAAACUGAUUAACCUAGCACAACUAAGCUAGUCUCAAUAAAUUUUAAUUAUGGCCUCCAAACUACGGCAGUCUGAAGUUGGCCAUAAAAACAAACCUAUGAACGCAAUUGCUCAUAGAGCUAAAAUCAUUGAAGUCGGGAGAAUGUGUCGCUCUGUAAGUGACCAGUUAUCAGAGUCAGACGUCGAAAAUUCGGGUUGGUUAACAGCGUUAGUAAAUGUUAUCGAUGUGACCUUUCAAUGGCUGGAGCACGAAAUUCCAAAUGUGAACAUUAACUCAACAAAAACAGAGCAUAUAUUGAGAGCACUGUACAAUGUAACAGAAUUGGGGAAUAAUGCGCAAAUCUUCCCAAUAUUAAAAAUGACUUUUGCAUUUCUAAACAACGAAAAAGAUCCGUUCAAAGAGGAACGUCAAAGAAUACUGAACUGUUUGGAAAAAGUCGAAAAACGCCAGGCUACUUUAGAAUCGUUAAUUAAUGAAGCAUGCAGGCUGCUUAAAGAAAUGUUAAACAGUGAAGAAGUCGAUUACGCAAAGCAACGGGAAUUUGACAACGUCGUCAGGAAAGCAAAUGUGGAGAUUGAUUUCUGCAGCCGGAGAUUGAACGGAGCAGAAAAGCUAUUAACAAGCUCGCUGAGAAAUGGAACAUCAUUAAAUGGGUGUCACGUGGUAUGCGUGCUUCAGGCUAUUGCAUCACUUUCUAUGUCCUCUACAAGCAAUAUGAAGAAUCAGGUAAGUCAUCAUGGGACCUGUUAAAGUUUGGUGGGCUUUCCCUGUUUGCAGGCAGCCUAUGGACUGUCCUUAUUCCAGGCAAAGCAGGCGUUAUCAAAAAAUCUUUAUCUAAACUUAAAGACGAUCACCUUUCGCUGAAAGAGAAUCUGGAAGAUUUACGCACAAAUUUGUCAAGCAUUACUGGUUUCAGAGAUGGACUAUUCGAUUUAGAAUGAGGUUCUACUCAGGCCGUACUCUAUGUAGCUGAUAUCUUAGGGAGUUCUAAUGAAGUUUUAAUGGAGAUGGUGUAAAUAAAGUGUAAAUGAUUAGAGAGAGAGCAAUCUUUAGUGUACAAUAAUAUGGGAGAAAUGUAACAACUUUCUCGUUCGAAUUUCGAAGCAAUUAAACCUAAAUUAAUAAAUUAGUUUUACUGUAGUCAUCAAACAUUAUUGCCAUUUUAUAAAAGUUUCUGGCAUAAUUUACAUUCCUUUGCACAAUCAUAUCAAGCAACACAUACCAAGCACGACUAAAACUGUGUCUAUAUAACGAAUUGUUGUUGAUAAUAUAAUUAAAAUUAUAUGCAACAUUAGGUUCUUUGAAUUACAGUUAAGAUAAGAGCUGGUAUUUUUGUUGAUGUAUAAAAAUUGAAGCGAAUAACAUUACCACUACUAUGUCA